AUGUUUAAUCACGGAUGGAAUAAUUACAUGCAGCAUGCUUAUCCAGAAGAUGAAUUAAACCCACUCUUAUGCACCGGACGAGGAAGUGACAAGGCUAAUCCAUCGAAUAUUCAAAUUAACGAUGUAUUAGGUGAUUUUUCAUUGACACUUGUAGAUACAUUAGAUACUUUGGCUAUUUUAGGCACUCAAGAGCAAUUCGAAGAAGCUGUACGCCGUGUUAUAGACACCGUUUCCUUUGAACAAUAUAAUAAAGUCCAAGUUUUCGAAGCCAACAUACGGGCACUUGGUGGCCUUCUAUCCGCUCACAUUCUUGCUACGGAUCCCACUUUCAAGAAAAAUAAUAUUCCCUGGUAUACGGAUGAUUCACUGUUACAUCUGGCCGUUGAUUUGGCUGAUCGUCUCUUACCAGCAUUCAAUAAUACACCCACGGGCAUUCCUUUUCCUCGAGUCAAUUUGGGAUUAGCACAAGUGCCUCCUACUGAAACGGUAGAAACAUGCACUGCAGGAGCUGGCAGUCUUAUUUUGGAAUUUGGUGUGCUUAGUCGGCUCACUGGGGAUCCUAAAUACGAGCGAGCAGCGAAAAUAGCCCUUCAUGCCUUAUGGGAAAGGCGCUCUUCGUUAAAUUUGUUGGGUAAUGUAAUUAAUAUUCAAACCGGCCACUGGAUUCACACAGCCUCCUCAACAGGUGCUGGUAUUGAUUCUGUCUUUGAGUAUAUGCUGAAGGCCGCCAUUUUAUUUGACGAUCAAGUAUAUCAUGAUAUGUUUAACGAAGCCUACCGCGCUCUCCUACUGUUUGUCCGUGAUUCUUCUGGUUAUCUAUAUCGCAAUGUUCACAUGGGCACAGGAUCUCUCAUGAGCUACUGGAUCGAUAGUCUAAGUGCAUUUUUUCCUGGCUUACAGGUGCUCCACGGUGAUUUAGACACUGCCAUUAAGAAUCACUUAGUUUACUAUCAUAUUUGGCGCAAGUACCAUGCUUUACCAGAGCGAUUCAAUUUCCAUGACAAAACAGUAGACUUGGCAUUUUAUCCACUUCGCCCUGAGUUUGUCGAGUCAACCUAUCAUUUGUAUACGGCAACAAAAGACCCCUUCUACCUUGAGGUUGGCGAGAUGGUAUUAGAGGAUAUAAACAACCGGACACGUGUACCUUGCGGAUUCGCAUCCAUAGGCGAUGUAAGGACUGGACGCCUAGAGGAUCGUAUGGAGAGUUUCAUGUUAAGCGAAACGCUAAAGUAUUUGUAUUUACUGUUUGAUACAGAGCAUGAAGUGAAUAGGAUGGAUGCAAACAUAGUGUUCACAACAGAAGGGCAUAUUUUGGCAUUACCUAUGAAGUAUCAGCAAAACUCUAAGAAUGUGUUACAUUUGGAAAGGGAUUACAAACAAGAACAUCAAAAUAGCCAACAAAGAAAAAGAAAAUUUGUCGCAUUGGGGCCUUUAAAUACCUGCCAGAGAUAUAACCCACAUAAAACACAUUACACUGUGUCACCCAACAUAUUAGAUAUGUCAAGUAUACCCUACCAACCACACAUUGAUUUCGCAGCAGAAAUUGUAGGCAUGCCCGUAAUGGAUCAGGUUCUGUCUAAAUACGGAAUAUGUCAAUCGCCCAUAGGUGGCUCUUACGAAGUAAAAUUUAGCUCCUCACCUGACUCAGAAGCUCAAACAAUACGAGAGGCAGUGAUAAACUAUGGUUUUGAACAAAUGGUUCAUCAGCAGCAUAGAUCUCAAAAUGUUCUGAGCAUGUUAAAUACCUAUUUAAUCAAAUCAUUAUCAGGACUAAAGAUGGACUUUGUCGCACGUGAUAAGACAGAAUAUAUUGUUAAAAGAGGUUAGUACUUCCUCCAUUUACGCACAUUUGCAUUUAUCCAGAUACUUUUUGUACUAUUUUCAGAACUCUUUCUCCUCUUCUACAUGCAUAUCAUGGUUUUUUUUUUUCAAAAAUUUUACUUUAGAUGACUC